AUGUUGUUAGCAUUCGGAACGCUUAAAUAUUCCGAUGAGCCGCAGUUCAGUCAGUCGUGUAUACACGACGAACAAUAUCUGGUUGUGUCGAAGGCAUUCAAUGCGAAAACGAGACUACACUGCUGCAACUUGGGCACGAACUAUUCAUCAAACGGGCGAAGCUGCAAAGUGUUCGAGACGCCAAUCGCAGACGUUUCAAAAGAAGACCAACCGGCUUGUCUGAGCAUCGUAGAUUUCUGUUGUAAAAAACAGUUCAGGUUGUUUCAAUGUAACCUUGGCAAAGAAGAAGCGCGGAAGGGUACAUGUGCGAAAAAUGAAGGCGUCGUUAAGGAAUGUUGCGAUGCCUGCUCGCUCGGCAUCGAAACCAAAAACGGCAAAGACCCUUGCGUGGACACUAUCGGUCUGGGUUCACCUUACGGUGAAGCUUUCGUUAGUUGCUGCGAAGACGGCGAAAUUGCAUUUGGAAUUACCACACCUACUACCACCCCUAAGAUCCAAAUUCUACCGACUUCCGAUUUUGAUAGCUUACCGAAUUUACCGGGUCUAUCCGAAGAGAACGUAUGCGAGACUGACGAAUAUUGUGCCCAAUUAUGUGAACCAGUCGGAAGCACGUUCAAAUGCGGUUGCUUCGAUGGAUACGAACUCAUGAAAGACGGCGUGUCGUGUAAACCGGUUAAAAGAGCGAAAGGAAGUAGGUGUGAAAAAAACAAUCCCUGCGAUCACGACUGUAUCGAUACCGGCACAUCUAUCGAGUGCUCUUGUAGACCAGGCUACGAGCUGGCACAGGACAAUCGAAGCUGUAAAGAUAUCGACGAAUGCGCUUUGGGCAUCCACGCCUGCAAACCGGACGAAGAAUGCGGCAACGAAGAGGGGACGCAUUUUUGCUACGUAAACGAACUUUUGAAGGAAGACGUAUCGUUCCAGGGCAAAUGUCCCACAGGGCUGAGAUUUAACGCCGACAAAUCUGUUUGCGACGACGUUGACGAAUGCGAAAUCGAACUGAUAUGCCCCCCGCCGAAAGUUUGUAGGAAUUCGGUAGGAUCGUUUGCCUGCGAAGGUCCCGACUGUCCUUCGGGAUUUUACUUCAAAGCGUCUAUUGAAUCGUGCGCAGAUAUAGAUGAGUGUAUUACGGGGGACAACGAUUGCAAUAAAGAUUCGCAGAUCUGUUUGAACACAAAAGGCAACUAUACGUGCGUGGACAAGGCGUCGAGGAAAGCGUGUCCACCGGGAUUCAAGAAAAAUGAUACUACUUACGUUUGCGAAGAUAUUGACGAGUGCCAAGAGGAUAUCGAACUUUGUCAAGACCACGAGAUUUGCGUUAAUGAGGAUGGCGGUUACAAAUGCGUCAAAGUUGGACCACCCGGCAACAAAUUCGGCAACGUUAACCAGUACACCACGCCCAACGUUAACCCUUAUAGUCCACUCUCUUGUCCGCCAGGAUAUAAAUUUAAUUUUACGCAAAACACGUGCGACGAUAUAAAUGAAUGUCAACUCAGACUGGACACUUGCUCGGUUAUGCACAGAUGUGACAAUACCAUUGGAUCCUUUUAUUGUACCAGAACGGUAUCAUGUGGAACGGGUUACACGUUGAAUUCGGCAGACGACUUAUGCGAAGACGACGACGAAUGUGCGCUCGGCACCCAUAAUUGCCACGAACUGGGUCCAAAUUAUAGAUGCAAAAACUUAAUGGGAUCUUAUCGCUGCGAACAAGUUAGACCGUUGUUCCAUCCGCCUGUAACACAAUACACACCACCUACCCCACCAAGUACUACGACCAAAACGUCACCACCAACAACUUAUUCCAGAACAAACGUAAACCACCCCUCCGUGACGCAACCGCAACCGGUAACUGAAAUCAUCCCUGGUCCGGUUAAAGCUUACACCACGGCAUCUAGAUCCAACUAUCCGCAAUAUCCGAGAUCGUACCACAAUCCGAACCCAUUUUGGCAGUACCAAACGACUCGACAAACUUACACAACAGUUGAAACUACUACCGAAACCACCCCUAGCCCGACUAAAGCACGCCCUACGGCACCGAAACCAUAUCCCACGCAAUACGUUCCGUAUUCUACGUCACCUCGGACUAUCUCAAACCUUUACUUGCCCCGCUCAAACCCGACACCAAAGUACCCGAUCAUAAAUGGAAUUUUGAAAAAAUGUCUUCCCGGAUACGUCAUGAACAACUAUGGAGACUGCGAAGAUAUAAACGAAUGCGAGAGCAACCCCUGUCCCAAGGGCCUAAAAUGUUUGAAUUUCAACGGAAGGUACGAAUGUAGCUCACCCCUGCAAUGCAAAAUCGGAUACGAGCUUAAUGAAGCGGGAGACGAGUGUAUUGACGUAAAUGAAUGCUCCAGGGGCAGCCACAAGUGCAACCGAAGUCAAAUAUGCAAGAACGGCCAAGGGUAUUACACCUGCGAGUGUCCGCCGGGACAUCACUUGAGUAGGUCGACUCAAAUGUGCGAAGACAUCGACGAAUGCAAAUUUUAUAGGCCUUGCGGUAAUACGGCGGACUGUAUCAAUUCAAUAGGAUCGUACGAAUGCCGUUGCAAAUCUGGGUUCAGAAACAAAAACGGCUUGUGCGACGAUAUUAAUGAAUGCCUGGAUUCUGUCGGUCUUUGCGAACACAACUGCGUCAAUUUAUGGGGUUCGUACCGAUGCGCUUGCCGAUUAGGAUUCACGUUGAACUACGACAACCGGACCUGUAACGAUAUCGACGAAUGUGACAAGUACAAAGAUAGGAAGCUGUGUAUAGGGACCUGCAAAAACAUACCAGGGAGCUACAGCUGCGAAUGCCCGCAAGGCUAUCGAUUGGGAUCUGACAAACGUGUUUGCAUUGAUAUAGACGAAUGCCAUGAUAACGUGUGCGGACCAGAAGACGCUUGCGUCAACACGAAUGGCGGAUACGAAUGCUUCCCCAUCACGUGUCCCCCCAAUUAUGUCAAGGACAGGGAUCACCGGGCGCGAUGUAGGAAGCAACCAUGUGACACUAGAGAUUACCAAUGCGAAAGGAUGCCCGAGCAGUACACUUAUCAAUAUUUAGCCCUGGUGUCGAAUUUGCCCUUAUCGGAAGGUGGCAUUCGACUGUUUACCAUAAAAUCGGUGGAUAUGGCAGAAACAGCGGAGUUUUCAAUUAGGCUAAUGGAGGUGGAAGCACCUCCAAAUAUUCAAAAGGUCAAUGAAUCGUUUUUCAAAAAGGCAACCCCUAAAUACAAAUACAACACGAUGGAAUUGUACUUGGUAAGAUCUAUAGAAGGUCCACAAAAAGUAAAACUACAAGUUGAAAUGAAACUAUAUCAAGGAAAUAUAGUUAUAGGAAGUGUUGUUGUAUAUAUGGUUAUUGUUGUUUCAGAAUAUCCUUUUUAAAUUAAAUGAGGUAAUAACUUUUUCAUUCAUUUUGAAUUGUGUAAAUUAUUUUUUAGUUGUAGUUUUAAUACACCGACUUUUAUUAUAGACAUUAUUUUCACAAA